AUGGACGUUAGAGCCCCCAACAUCAUCGUGAACCCGGAGAAGUUCGAGUUGGUGCUGCAUGCCAACGAGGACUGCACCUUCGAGCUCACGAACGUCGGGUAUGAGGCAAUCAUCUACCGCGUCCGCACCACCGCGCCACUGCGGUACUACCUCAAGCACUCGAAGGGCGUUGUGAAGGGAAACUCGUCGGCGAAGAUCACGAUCUUUCUGAAUCAAAAGACCUUUGCGGAGGGGCUGCCAGUAGGCGCGCGCUACACCAAGGACACCUUCCGCGUGGAGUGUGCCGUGCUGGAGGAGCAGGACGUCAUUGAGGCGCACGGGGCCAACUUGGCGAGCUUGAUUCAGAAGAAGAAAGACGCUAAUGCCUCGUCGGUGGUCCAGAAGUACAUCUUGUGCCGCGUGCUCCUCGACGCCGGUGAUAGCAAGGACGGAGCCGCCGGCAAGGCGGCUGGCAAGGCGGCCGGCGGCGGUGGCGUUGCUGCAGGCGGCGAUGCGGUUUUUCGUGGUAGGGACGCCGCUGGUGAGAAGAGCUCGUCUGGCCGAAAGAGUAUGACGGCAGAGCAGAUGGAGCAGAACACGCUCAACGAGAAGCGCCGCCGGAAUGUUAGCGGCGGCCAGCUGGCCGUGCGCGGCAAUCGUAUGCAGGUUCUUCGCAUAGUGAUCGCCGCGGUCGUCGUCGUCGUCUUCGCAAUGUGGGUGAUGCGCGGUGGCGACGGCGAUGAUGUGGAGGAGAUUGCGGAAUAG